AUGGAACCCUUUUCCACACAAACUUCCGGUUUCAUUUCCCUACUAGCUUCGCAGAGCAGUCCAUUCCCUGACUGCGACCCUCCUGAAGCAGUAGCUAACUCUCCUGGGUUAGUGAAACCGGCUUCUAAGAGGAAGUGGACAACUAAAGAGGACCUUGUGCUCAUCAGUGGUUGGCUGAACACGAGCAAGGACCCUAUUGUCAGUAAUGAGCAGAAGAUCACCUCUUUUUGGAGGAGAAUAGAGGCGUACGUGAAUUCUAGCCCUCUGCUCACUGGCAGCGCUCCAAGAGAGUGGGGUCAGUGUAAGCAGAGGUGGGGAAGGGUCAACGAGCAAGUGUGCAAGUUUGUAGGAAGCUACGACGCGGCUUUGAAGCACCAAUCAAGUGGUCAAAAUGAUGAUGAUGUGAUGAAGGCUGCCCAUGAGAUUUUCUUCAAUGAUUACCAAGCGAAAUUCACCAUGGAACACUGUUGGAGGGAACUGAGACAUGAUCAGAAGUGGAAGUCAGUUUUGAAGUCAAGAGAUGGCGGGAAGGAGAAAACGAAGGAAGCUGAACAGGUAAUGGCUGAGGACGAGGUUAGACCAGCUGGUGUUAAGGCUGCUAAAGCAGCCAAACGCAAGAGGCACGGGCAAGAAGCUGCAUUCGAUCAAAUAGAGACCAUCCUGGCUGAGAGAAAAAAGAUCUCCCAGCACAAAAUCCUACAACUUCUACUAGCCAAGAUUGAGACUGAUCUAACCCCUAACGAAAUAACCCUCAAACAGAAACUCAUAUCUGAACUCCUUGAUUGA